UCCAAACACAUGUAUGUCAAUAACACUUAAUUCGUACCUAGCGCGUGCUAUUACAGUGAGAUAAUGCUAUCGAUCGAAAAAACAAUAUGGCGACCAUGAUAAAGAUUUAGGAAAUGUCAAAUUCAAAAUAGAAACUAUUUCCUAACAUAUAAUACAAUGUAUACGAAGAGUUCAAUGUAUAUAAACAUAAUGCAGUAUUCCAUAGUUAUUGUUUGUAGUAAAGGAAUCAAUUAAAAAUUUAUUACUAAAUGACUAGGCAGGGAACAAUUCAGAUGUCACUCGAUGAUGACUUUGACAGACCAUUUGAAGAUGUCGAGCCUUUACAAUGGGGAGCAUUACGGGAACUAUGUCAUGCUAAUUCGGAAUAUUUUGUGUCGCAUCAAGAUGAGAACAGUAUUAGAAUUAGAGCUGCGCUUAUGGCUAUAUUAGAUCAUUUGGUACAGUUACAACCAUUAUACAAAGAAAUUAGUAGAAUUGCACCAAUGUUUGAUCUUGAUGCGGAAACACCUGGCAAUGGAUAUAGAAGUUUUCUAGUGCUAGUAGACAAAUGUAUUAUUCACUCUCGUUCUGUCUGUCAUCAAAUAUAUUGCCAGAAGGACUCUUUAUUUUUUCGUAAAAGUUACUAUAUGAGAGAAAUUGAGGCUUGCUCACAGCUAUUGGCAUCUUUGUGCACUUGCUUAGGACAUUUACAAACUCUUUAUUCUUGGAGCGAACAUUUAAGUGAUGGAAAACCAUCUCUCUUUAUAGGAGAUAGUCAUAAUCCACAUGAAAUUUUAAGUAAAGUAGAUAGUAUUAAUCAGUAUUGUUUUUAUGGCAGAUGUUUGGGAUUCCAGUUUUAUGACAACUUAAAGCCCAUAUUAAAAACUAUAAUGGUUUGUAUGGCAACAUUCAGCGAAGCUUUUUAUUCUAAUGGUACAUUAUUAGCAAGAUGUGCUAAUUCUGUCAAGUACAUGUUAGAUCCUGAAAUAAGGGCACGUCGUAUUGUUGAUGUGUCUCAACGUGCUGAUAUCUCAUUUUGUCAAGCUUUUUGGUUUCUCAAUGAGGCUGAUCUUACACGUAGGUUGCCUGCUAUAACAGCUCCUUCUUUGGCAAUAAAUCAAAUAAUUUCUAUACCACCUGAAGAAUUGACGCUUCCUACAUUAAGUGGAUCAACUGUCUCAAUUCCAAUACCAAACAGUCAUAUUGGAAAAAAGCCAAUACAUGUUAGGCUGUUUAGUUCUAAACGUCGUUUAGGAAUGGUUGGUUCAGGUGGAGUAGGAGGAGAACUGCAUGGACUGUCCAAUGAAUUAAUAAUUCAUUGUCAUGGUGGAGGUUUUGUAGCACAGACUUCGCUAUCUCAUGAAACAUAUCUACGUAGUUGGGCAAUAAAUCUCGGUAUACCUAUUUUAAGUAUAGAUUACAGUUUAGCACCUGAAGCUCCGUUCCCUCGGGCACUCGAGGAAGUGCUAUAUGCAUAUGCAUGGGCAUUAAAUCAUGCAAGUACAUUGCUUGGGAGUACAGCUCAAAAAAUACUUUUCGCUGGUGAUUCUGCUGGGGCCAAUCUAAAUUUGGGAGUUACCUUAAAAUGUUUACAGUUAAAUAUCAGAAAACCUGAUGGAAUAUUUAUGGCAUACACACCAGUACUUGUUGACUUUGUGCUAUCACCUUCACGAUUACUUUGCCUUACAGACCCAUUAUUACCUAUGGGAUUUCUUCUACGUUGCUUAAAAGCAUAUGCAGCUGACUGUUUUAAGUCAGAAUCAGAAUCUUUUGCUGAAGUGAGUGAAAGCGAUCUAAUAGCGCUAGCUCUCAGUCCCAAUGGAGAUGAAACAAAUGAUGCACAUAAGUUAGCAUCCUUACCAUCUGAUUCUACUUUGAAUUCUGUUACUUUAACAGAAGUUGACGGGACAGAACAUCUACAGGAAGAAGCAAGAUCUCAAGAAUAUGUUAAUAAAUUUUUUGGAUUGUAUCGAAAUUGUGGUACAAAUGCUUCAACACAUAUUGGAAAUGGUACUAUUAGCACAGAAAACAAUAUUUCAAAGAAUGAUAAAUCAUGGUCUUUUUUUGGAUGGUCUCUUAGUGGAAGACAUAAAGAAUCCAGAGAACUGGAUAUAGAAAAUGCGAAAAGUAGUAUGGAGGAAUUUAUAUUUACAGUACCCAGAGACCCAUAUUUAAGUCCUUAUCUCGCAGCAGACCAUCUUUUAGCACAAUUACCACCAGUUAAAAUGCUGACAUUAGAGUUAGAUCCAUGCCUGGAUGACUCUGUCAUGUUCGCAAGAAAACUUCGAUCGCUUGGUGUAUUAAUCACGCUUGACAUAUUGCCAGGUUUACCUCAUGGGUUUCUUAACUUAACACCAGUUUCAAAAGAGGCAUGUGAAGCGUCAGAUUUAUGUGUGAAAAGAUUGCAAGAACUACUGACACUAUAAUUAUAUAGAUAUGAAAAAUACUCAUUAAUAUGUGAAUGUUAAUAUGCGGGAACAAAAGUUUCUUUGCUAUUAUUAUUUUUCAGAUGCCAAUUCUAAUUAACUUUUUAUGUACAAAGACACAAUAAUUUGCAAUAUGCCAAAAGCUUUAUCCACGGUGCAUAAAUGUCAUAAGUGUUUCUAUCUACAUAUUUUAUAUUAUACAUUUAUAUUUUAUUAAUGAUAAUCACAGUAUUCAAAUAAUUUUAAAUCAAAUAAUCUCAAGUUACUGUACUUAAAUGGUAAUAUCUUUGUAUUAUGUUUACUGAAUGUGCAUUUGCAAGAAAAUCGAAUUAGCUUUCAAUUUUCUACUCAGAAAAUAUUUAAAGAAUAAGACUAUAGAUAUAUUGAUUGUACAAAAUAUUUGAGAUUGUUUCAGUUCUGAUCAUUAUAAUAUUUUUUGCAGCUAACACAAAUUAUUAAAUGUAUUAGACAUAAAUAAAGUAUUAUAAAUGUAAUGUGAGUUUAGUGAAGUGGUAUAAAAGAGUGAUAUGUAUAAUGUUGGCAAUAAUUGGAAAAUUAUAAAUUUUUGUUACGAGUAUUAAUAAUUUAUGGAAUUGUUAUGUUAUAUUGUUUACGUCGAUGUACAUUGUAUUUAUCAACUUUAUUAAAUUAUUUAUAAAACUCUAA